GUAUAGAAUUCUGGGAGCUCAAAAGUGGACCUCCUUUAUUAUCAGAUUCACAAAAUCGUGUGGAAAUAAUUAAGAUUUCUCAAGAAAAAAGGGAGAAAAUGAAACUUGGGAUUCCAAUAGAUUAUGCCAAAUCUAUAAGUGGUUUUGGGCUCUAG